AUGGCUGAUUUUCUCCUCUUCGAGGGCCCAAUAGGCUACUCCCUAUUCAAGGUCGUUCACCAAGCCGACACUGUGGGAAAUAAGUUGAAGGAGGUGCAAGACAACCUACAAGACCUUGCGAAAUUUGGGAAGAUGGUUGAAUUGACCAGUUUCUUGCCUUUUGAGUAUGCGCUUGGCGAGAUUAACGACAUUUCUGAAGGUGUUGCCUCUGAAACACUCGUUUCGUUCUUGGACUUGAACUUACCGAAACCGAACAAGAAAAAGAAGGUUGUGCUGGGUGUGUCCGAUAAAGCACUUGCUGGAAGCAUUAAAGCGGCCUUCCCGUUUGUGGACUGUGAAACUGGAGACACUAGCGAUGUUGUCCAGGAUAUGCUACGAGGAAUUCGGUUACAUGCUGGGAAACUCCUUAAGCAACUCCGUGAAGGCGAUCUGAAUACUGCGCAGCUUGGUCUUGGUCACGCGUAUUCAAAGAGCCCAAGGUCAAAUUCUCAGUUCAGCGUGAUGACAACCAUAUCAUUCAAGCAAUCGCAAUUCUUGACCAGCUGGACAAAGCAAUAA